CCCAGAUGCCGAGGAUACACUUUCUUUAUCCACAACAGGAUAACAGGGAAGAAGAAAGUGCUAAGCACAUAUGCUGCUUUUAAUGUGUAGUUACUACUUGGCCAAAAGCAUCCUGCAUGUAUUACUUCCUCCAUAGGCAUUUUGCUGGAUGAAUGGACCAAGAGAUGUGGCAAACCUUUUGGGUGAUGUUCAUCCCCUCAGCCUAAAAUUUCCUUUCCACAGGACGGAGGCUCUGGAAAUAAUGUUAACUGACACGUUUUCAAAAAGCAAUUUGGCAAUGUGUAGCAAGAGCCAUAAAAAUGUUCAUACUUUUUGACCCAACACCCUCACUUCUGGGAAUCUGUCCUAAGGACAUUCUCCAAAUGAUUGAUACAAACACUAUGUAGUAACAUGAAAUGUUAAUGAUGUAAUGAUAAACAAGUCUGGAGGAACUGACCAAGAAACUGGCCAGAGAUAGUAGUAGUUGUGUUAGAGUAAUGAGUUUAUUGGAGAUUCUGUUUCUCUUUCCCAAACCUUGCAUGUUAGAAUAUUGAUUUUACCCUCCCCUGACACUCAGGGUUAAUCAUUCAGAAACCUGGAAGAAACAGGACUCAGGACAGUUGAUGAAAUUUUUUUCUUUUUUUAAAGACUUUAUUUAGUUAUUUGACAGAGAGAGACACAGCGAGAGCUGGAACACAAGCAGGGGGAGUGGGAGAGGGAGAAGCAGGCUUCCCGCUGAGCAGGGAGCCUGAUGCGGGGCUCGAUUCCAGGACCCUGGGACCAUGACCUGAGCAGAAGGCAGACGCUUAACAACUGAGCCACCCAGGCGCCCCAGUUGAUGAAAAUUUAAUAAAGGAACUAGUCUCUGUUUCCAGUCCUUUCCACCCUGGUUUCUGCAACUCUCAGUGACUCACUCAACCAUUACUGAGCACCUACUUAAUUGUCUAGUGAGGGAGGCAGAGUCUCAAGUACAUAAGUUGCCAUAAAUGCAAUAAUAAAUAGUGUGUCACAAGGAGCACAAUGAAAGAAGCAACUGUCAGGAGGGAGGUGUGAAUCAAGGAAGGCUUCAAAGAGGGGUGAUUGGCCCAUGUUCCGUUUUGAAGGUUGUCUUCCAAGACAACAGGGCUACAACACGUACUAAGGCAGAAACGCCUGGAAUGCCAUGGUGCCUUUAGGAACUUAAGUCUAACUCUGCAGGGCUGGAAGGAACAUUGAGUGGCUGUGAAGGAAUUAUGGGAGAGAAGGCUUUAGUUAGAUCACGCAGGGCUCCGUGCUCCAAAUGGGCUUUGUGUUUUGGAGCUAUCAUCAGAUUUGCAUUUUAGAGCGAUGACUCUGGCCUCGGUGGAGAGCGGACUGAAAGGGACGAGAAUGGAGGCAGAAAAGAGUGAAGUCAUUGGCGUCUCCUGGCUUAUGCUUGGCCAGCGCCGUGCCUCCCCGGGAUCGCCCUCCCUGCUCCUCCCCGAGGGCCCCGCGGGCGGCCGGGGAAGCGAGGCGUGGGGUGGCCCUGCCUGGGUGGUCUCCUGCCCCGCCCCCACCCGCGGCGCCGUCGCCUAGCAGCGGAUCCGGCCGCGCGGCUCCGGGUAAUUUGCGGACCCCUCAGCCAAUGGGAGGGCGCCGUCCCGGCCCGCUCCCUUUUUCUGGAGCUAAGGACGCCUCCUCCUCACUGCGUUCUCCACCUCCAGCCGCGCGGGGCGUCGCGGGCCGGUAGCUCUGCCUGCACGCGGGGCCGACUGCGGCACCCCAACGCAGCCGCCGCGGCACGCCGGCACCCCACCCUCACCCACGCCGCGCCUAAGCGGCCCCGCGGAGUCCCGACGCGGGGCUCCGCGGUACCCGGGUACCAGGCCAGCUUAUGGGGAAUCCCAGAUAACGCGGGUUGGGGGCGCGCACGCCCCCCAUCCCCGCCGGCAUGGCUCGGCCGCCGCCGCUCCGGGAGCUGCCCCCUGGCUAUACACCCCCAGCUCGAGCCGCAUCACCCCAGAUGACACAAGAAUUCCAUCCAGCUGAGGUGUCUCUCACUUGCACGCAAAGCUCCAGAUUCUAAGCGGAGUGCCAGGAGCUUGGGGAGUCAGCACGACCAUCAAGGAAAAAGCAGGGGUUCCUCUCAGAGCACUUCUCCCACUCGUCGUGGGAGGCCUCAGCCGGCGAGGGUCCCACAGCCCCGGAGCUCGGACCCCAGCUUUCUCUCUCUGCUCUGGCAGUGGGCAGCCGGGUGAGCCAGGAGUUACAUUACACCAAGGAGAAGCUGGGGGACGAGGCUGCAUACACCUCCCAGAUGUUGAUACAGACCCCACUCCAGGAAGGGGAGAAUGUCCUCACACCUGAGGCACUUGGCCUCCACCUCCAGGCAGCCCUCACCGCCAGUAAAGUGCAAGUAUCACUCUAUGGAAAGUCCUGGGAUUUGAACAAAAUCUGCUACAAGUCAGGAAUUCCCCUAAUUGAAAAUGGAAUGAUUGAACGGAUGAUUGAGAAGCUGUUUCCGUGCGUGAUCCUCACCCCCCUCGACUGCUUCUGGGAGGGAGCCAAACUCCAAGGGGGCUCCGCCUACUUGCCCGGCCGUCCUGACAUCCAGUGGACCAACCUGGAUCCAGAGCAGCUGCUGGAGGAACUGGGCCCCUUUGCCUCCCUCGAGGGCUUCCGGGAGCUGCUAGACAAGGCACAGGUGGGCCAGGCCUAUGUGGGGCGGCCCUGUCUUCACCCUGACGAUCUCCAUUGCCCGCCUAGUGCCCCUAACCAUCACGGCAAGCAGGCUCCCAAUGUGGCUCAGGAGCUGAGUGGGGGCUGCCACGGCUUCUCCCACAAGUUUAUGCACUGGCAGGAGGAAUUGCUGCUGGGGGGCAUCUCCAGAGACCCCCGAGGACAGCUGCUGAGGGCGGAGGCCCUGCAGAGCACCUUCCUGCUGAUGAGUCCACGCCAGCUGUAUGAGCACUUCCGAGGCGACUACCAGACGCAUGACAUCGGCUGGAGCGAGGAGCGGGCCGGCACAGUGCUGCAAGCCUGGCAGCGGCGCUUUGUGCAGCUGGCUCAGGAGGCCCUGCCUCAGAAUUCAUCGCAGCAGAUCCACGCCUUUUCCUCCACCACCCUGGAUGACAUCCUGCACGCCUUCUCUGAAGUCAGUGCUGCCCGCGUGGCGGGAGGCUAUCUGCUCAUGCUAGCCUAUGCCUGUGUGACAAUGCUGCGCUGGGACUGUGCCCAGUCCCAGGGUGCGGUGGGCCUUGCAGGGGUGCUGCUGGUAGCCCUGGCAGUGGCCUCGGGCCUUGGGCUCUGCGCCCUGCUUGGCAUCGCCUUCAAUGCUGCCACUACCCAGGUGCUGCCCUUCCUGGCACUGGGCAUCGGUGUGGAUGACAUAUUCCUGCUGGCACAUGCCUUCACAGAGGCCCCCCCUGGCACCCCUCUCCAGGAGCGCACAGGUGAGUGUCUGCAGCGCACGGGGACCAGCGUGGCGCUCACAUCCAUCAACCACAUGGUGGCCUUCUUCAUGGCCGCCCUCGUUCCCAUCCCUGCACUGCGGGCCUUCUCCUUGCAGGCAGCCAUAGUGGUCGGCUGCAACUUCGCAGCCGUGAUGCUUGUCUUCCCGGCGGUCCUCAGCCUGGACCUGCGCCGGCGCCGCUGCCAGCGCCUUGACGUGCUCUGCUGCUUCUCUAGGCCCUGCUCUGCUCGGGUGAUUCAGAUUCUGCCCCGGGAGCUAGGGGAUGGGACAGGACCAGUGGGCAUUGCCCACCUGACGGCCACAGUUCAAGCCUUCGCCCACUGCGAAGCCAGCAGCCAGCAUGUUGUCACCAUCCUGCCCCCCCGAGCCUGCUUGGUGCCCCCACCUUCCGACCCACUGGACUCUGAGCUCUUCAGCCCAGGAGGGUCCACACGGGACCUCCUAAGCCAAGAGGAGGGGACCAGGCAAAAGGCAACCUGCAGCUCCCUGCCCUGUGCCCGCUGGAGUCUUGCCCAUUUCGCCCGCUAUCAGUUCGCACCCUGGCUGCUCCAGGCGCACAGCAAGGCCAUGGUGCUGGUGCUCUUUGGGGCUCUUCUGGGCCUGAGCCUCUACGGAGCCACCCUGGUGCAGGACGGGCUGGCCCUGACGGAUGUGGUGCCUCGGGGCACCAAGGAGCAUGCCUUCCUGAGCGCCCAGCUCAGGUACUUCUCCCUGUACGAGGUGGCCCUGGUGACACAGGGUGGCUUUGACUACGCCCACUCCCAACGCGCCCUCUUUGAUCUGCACCAGCGCUUCAGUUCUCUCAAGGCCGUGCUGCCCCCCCCUGCCACCCAGGCGCCCCGCACCUGGCUGCACUAUUACCGGAACUGGCUACAGGGGAUCCAGGCUGCCUUUGACCAGGACUGGGCUUCCGGGCGCAUCAGCCACCACUCGUGCCGCAACGGCUCCGAGGAUGGGGCGCUGGCCUACAAGCUGCUCAUCCAGACCGGGGAUACCCAAGAGCCUCUGGAUUUCAGCCAGCUGACCACAAGGAAGCUGGUAGAUAAGGAGGGGCUGAUUCCACCCGAGCUCUUCUACGUGGGGCUGACCAUGUGGGUAAGCAGUGACCCGCUGGGCCUGGCGGCCUCACAGGCCAACUUCUAUCCCCCACCUCCCGAGUGGCUACAUGACAAGUACGACACCACCGGGGAGAACCUUCGCAUCCCCGCAGCCCAGCCCCUGGAAUUUGCCCAGUUCCCCUUCCUACUGCAUGGCCUCCAGAAGACCGCGGACUUCGUGGAGGCCAUCGAGGGGGCCCGGGCAGCGUGCGCCGAGGCAGGCCGGGCCGGGGUGCGUGCCUACCCCACCGGCUCCCCCUUCCUCUUCUGGGAGCAAUAUCUGGGCCUGCGGCGCUACUUCCUGCUGGCUAUCUGCAUCCUGCUGGUAUGCACUUUCCUCGUCUGUGCCCUCCUGCUGCUCAACCCCUGGACGGCCGGCCUCAUAGUACUGGUCCUGGCGAUGAUGACUGUGGAGCUCUUUGGCAUCAUGGGUUUCCUGGGCAUCAAACUGAGUGCCAUCCCCGUGGUGAUCCUUGUGGCCUCUGUAGGCAUUGGUGUUGAGUUCACGGUCCACGUGGCUCUGGGCUUCCUGACCACCCAGGGUAGCCGGAACCUGCGGGCUGCCUGUGCCCUAGAGUGCACAUUUGCUCCAGUGACCGAUGGGGCCGUCUCCACAUUGCUGGGUCUGCUCAUGCUUGCUGGGUCCAACUUUGACUUCAUCAUAAGGUACUUUUUCGUGGUGCUAACAGUGCUCACGCUCCUGGGCCUCCUCCAUGGGCUCGUGCUGCUGCCCGUGCUGCUGUCCAUCCUGGGCCCCCCACCAGAGGUGGUACAGAUGUACAAGGAGAGCCCGGAGGUCCUCAGCCCCCCAGCUCCACAGGAAGGAGGGCUCAGGUGGGGGUUGUCCCCCACCCUGCCCCAGAGCUUUGCCAGAGUGACUACCUCCGUGACGGUGGCCCUCCACCCACCCCCACUGCCUGGUGCCUACAUCCAUCCAGCCUCCGAUGAGCCCCCUUGGUCCCCUGUUGCCACACCAGCUGCCAGCGCCCCUAGCAGCCUCAGUUCUAGGGGACCAUGUCCAGCCACUGGGUGAAAGAGUGCCUGAAGCCUGGAGACCCUGCUUGGGCCACGUGAAGUCACUGGGAAGCAAUGGGUGGGUUAUUGACUGCAGGACGGACUCCCGGAGAGCCUGGCUGCCACUGUCCGCCUGCAUGCCGUCCCCUGCCUUAGCCGUCCCAGACCUCCCUGCUGCCAUUCGAGACCACCAGCCUCUGGGCUCAGAGCAUCUCGCACGCCGGGUUCUGUGUGCCUGGGCCUGUCCGGGUGCGGGGAGAAGCCAGCAAUUCGGGCUGCAGUUGGCCCUCCCCCCCCCGUGCCCCGCGCCACCCCCCCUUGCUACUGGCCCCUAGCAGACCAAGACGGAGGAGCCCUCUAGCACCCUUUGCGAGGCCUGGCCCCCCACGCUUGGUAACUCCUGAGUAGGCUGUCUGCAUCUCUGUCCACAUCCUACCACAUAAAUUAUUUAUAUGAAGAUGUUUAUUUUUGUAGUUUGUAUAGAUGUUAGCUACGCUGAAAGUUCUAUUUUUAAAGAGUGAAAUAUAUUCUAUAUGAA